AUGGCAAGCUUUGGCUGGGACAGAAAGCUGGCGCACGACAACAACAUCAGCUCUGUGCAUGUCAAUUUCUGCACUGAGGAAGAGGUGAACGCAAAAACCGUAUUUCCCAGCACUCGAUGACACCAGUUUUCAUAGUCUAGAUGCUGGAGCCCCAAAGCAAAAUAUUGUGCUUCCUGAUGUAGUCGCGUCGUGGGGUACAACUGUGUAAGGCGUUCGUUUGCAGAAGGAGGUCUCCCGCCUUCGGAAACGUUUGGUAGACGGUGAGUUUUCCAAGUUCUUGGUCGUUGUUGGUGCUUCUUUCGUAUGUUUUACGCUGGCAUGGCGCGUACGCCGCACUGGAAGUAGCACCAGUCUCACUCAAGAGCGAUGGCGGCGAUGACAAGUUGCCACGUGUUACUUAUAUCUUUCCCGGUUGACGCGUAAAUUGAGUAAAUUAUUGAACAUGGCGAGAUUCGAGGAGCUCAUCUACUGUAUGCUCGCUGCCCUAUUAAAUCAAGCGUAGGCUCCCUUAGAUGACACAGCGUCAUCUACCGUAGGUGACGGCAAUAUCGUGUUCGCGUGUAUAAUGGUGGUCAUUACUUUCGCGCCUCAGGUCAUGCUUCUAUGAUAGCGGUUUGGUGUGACAUACCAAUAGUGAGAGACGUACCCGGCCAAUGAGAAUCUGAUGAGCAUUGGAAAACAUUCUGC